GAUGUGCCACAAAUGUGAAAAAUAAAGAAAAGAAUUCAAAACAAAUCACUUAGCUGUUAAAUUAAAACAGUCGUCGACAAGUGUUCGUCUGGAGAUGCAUUUCUGGAUUGAUAAGCGUUCGCAACAAUGCGGUUUUGGACGGUCGCGCGUUGCCGCCUCCCUGUCGCAUGCGGGCGGUGGCCUCAGCUACGGACAUCCGCCGCGGCGCAGCAAGUCCAGUAGCAACAACAGCAACAACUUGGCCAGCAGCAGCAGCGGCGCCAGCAGUGGCAGCCAUAAUCAAACACUCGCCUCGGUGCAUCGCACAGUAGCGCCUUAUGGCGGUGACUGUCAGACGGGCGCUGGCACCAGUCGCCAGGCCUUGCACUAUACCAGCAGCAGCAACAAUAAUGCACAGCAGCAACAGCAGCAGCAGCAACUCUUCCAUCACAGCAGCAACAACAACAAUAGCAAUGCUGCUGCGGCAAUGACAACGGCAACAACUGCCAGCAACAACAACAAUGCUAAUGUCACAGCCUCAUCGGCGGCGGUGCUAACAGGCAGCGGAACAAUUGUGCCACUGGUCGCACAUGGUUCGCAUGGCUAUCAUCAGCACAGCACGCGCUACCAGCCGCGAUCACAGCAACAGUUGCAGCAGCAGCAGCAACAGCAGCAACACUUGCAGCAACAACAGCAUCACUACAGCUACAGCUAUCAUCAUCCACAAUUUGGCAACAUGGCUGUGCCGAUGCGGCAGUAUGAGCAACAGCCACUGCAACAGCAGCAACAUCAUCAGCAACAUCAGCAACAUUCGGGCGUCUAUGCCGACGAUGCUUAUAGCGCCUAUCACCAUCAUCAUCACAGCAGCAGCAACAGCAACAACAGUCGAUAUGCAACACCGCGUCGUCACAACUCCAGCAGCAACAUGCGACACACAACAGCAACAACAGCCACAUCAGCAGCAACAGCUUCCGUUACAGCAGCAGCAGUCCCUGUUUCGGCCACGCCAAUACCACCCACACAGGCACAGGCAGUGGUCACGGGCCAGGGCAACCAGCUACAGCAGCAGCAUCACGCACUGUUGCAACACGCCGAUUCGCAGCUGCUGCCCAGUCAUCUGAAGUGCGGAAUGUGCGCAUCGCUAGUGCUGGCCUCGGUUUUUGUGGCGGGCGCAAAGUUCUACUUUGAUCAUCAGGGCACUGGGCUGGAGGUGUUCAUAUUUUGUGGAUUCUCAGUGACAUUCAUUUUGGCUGCCUGCAUGAUGUCCAUGUGCCGCAUACCCAGUGGAUUGCUGUCCAGUCGCACUAAUGGACGCGCCGUUUGCCACAGUCGUGGCGUGAAUGCCGGCGGCAAUGUCAGCAGCUGCAUGUUGGAGCUGAAUGAUGUGCGCUAUUUAGAUGAGCGACAGGUGGAGGUUGUUAGUGCAGAAACGGCUGCAGCAGCAGCAGCUGGACCACCGCCGUAUCAUAUAGCAAUAUUGCUGCCGGAGCAAACGCCGACGGCGCUGGGAAAGCAGCUGCCACUCGAUGAGUCACCGCCGCCGUCCUAUGAUAAGAUACUCGUGUAGAUUAGGCUAAGAGUAGGAUUUUUGGUUUUUUUUUGUUUAUUUAGGAAUUGAGCGUCAAUUUCAGUUAAGCGUCAGCUAUCUAUCAACCCAGUCCGACAUACCAAAUACUUUUGCUCAAUAUUUUUCUAAUGAUAUCAAAACUUUAUAUAAACAUAUACACGGCAAACAAUUACAUUUGCAUA